CAAGCCCCGGGCACCAUGCCGCGGCGCCUGCAGCCCCGGGGCGCGGGCACAAAGGGCCCGCCGGCCACGACCGCGGCGGCCUCGGAGGCCGCCUCGCGCCCCCAUCCGUCCGCCUCCGGGGACCCUCCAGCGGCGGCCAAGCCGCUGCUGCGCUGGGACGAGGUGCCCGACGACUUUGUGGAGUGCUUCAUCCUGUCGGGCUACCGGCGGCUGCCCUGCACGGCGCAGGAGUGCCUGGCCUCGGUGCUGAAGCCGACCAACGAGACGCUCAACUUCUGGACGCACUUCAUCCCGCUCCUGCUGUUCCUCAGCAAGUUCUGCCGCCUGUUCUUCCUGAGCGGCCGCGACGUGCCCUUCCACCACCCGUGGCUGCUGCCGCUGUGGUGCUACGCGUCGGGGGUGCUGCUGACCUUCGCCAUGAGCUGCACGGCGCACGUGUUCAGCUGCCUGUCGCUGCGCCUGCGCGCCGCCUUCUUCUACUUGGACUACGCGUCCAUCAGCUACUACGGCUUCGGCAGCACGGUGGCCUACUACUACUACCUGCUGCCGGGCCUGAGCUUGUUGGACGCCAGAGUGAUGACCCCGUACGUGCAGCAGAGCCUGGGUUGGCACGUGGACUGCACGGGCCUCAUCGCCGCCUACCGCGCGCUCGUGCUGCCCGUGGCCUUCGUGCUGGCCGUGGCCUGCACCGUGGCCUGCUGCAAGAGCCGCACCGACUGGUGCUCUUACCCGUUCGCGCUGCGCACCUUCGUCUUCAUCAUGCCGCUCAGCAUGGCCUGCCCCAUCAUGCUCGAGAGCUGGCUUUUUGAUCUGCGCGGCGAGAACCCCACGCUCUUCGUGCACUUCUACCGCCGCUACUUCUGGCUGGUGGUGGCCGCCUUCUUCAAUGUGAGCAAGAUCCCCGAGCGCAUCCAGCCAGGCCUCUUUGACAUCAUCGGCCACAGCCACCAGCUCUUCCACAUCUUCACUUUCCUUAGCAUCUACGACCAGGUGUACUACGUGGAGGAGGGCCUACGCCAAUUCCUCAAGGCGCCGCCGGCCGCGCCCACCUUCUCGGGCACCGUGGGCUACAUGCUGCUCCUGGUCCUCUGUCUGGGGCUGGUCAUCAAGAAGUUCCUAAACAGCUCCGAAUUCUCCAGUAAAAAGUGAGCCUCUGCCUCGGAGGAGGCUGCUGGUUCGCCCACCUGUUUGUCUGGAGUUGCUGUUGUUGCUGUUGGUUUGUUUUCAAGUUUUGUUAUGUUUCCUUCUUUGCUCGAGGAGGGUGCUGCAAAACCA